UGAUGGAGCAAUACAGGAGACACCAAGAGGGCCCGGACCCCACCCCGAAGCUGCGUGAUAAUGUCACGAGUAACGUGUACAGAGUCAAGAAAUUUAUUGCAUACAUGGCUAAGGGAGGGGGCAAGCUCCAGACGCUAGAGUUUCUGGACGACACCGACAGGAUGCGCAGGUGGGUAAAAACCUUGAGGGUGAUGGCCAUCAAAGAAACCACCAUCAACCACUAUUUAAAAAAUGUAGCCCAGUUCUUGGAUUACAUGGCCGCCACACCCCCUCCGACCUGCCGCCUGUCCAAAAGGGUCUUGCUUGCAAUCCGACGGGAAGUGAGGAUGAUGCUACGGUGCAUGAAGUGCCCGGUCACCUUGCACCAGAUGGCAGUGAAACGUGCAAAAGACGGGCAGCUGAUAUCCAAGGCCCUCUUGGAGAAGUGCAGGGAGGAGGCCAAGAGGAAUAUUCCAAAGAUUCUCGACGAGCUGGGGCAGGACAAGGCCCAGAAAAUGCAGUUCCGACUCUACGGGUAUGUCACUGCGUUCCUGGCCUCAAUCUAUGGUCACCGCUGUGGGGUGUUCCAGAAUAUGACCAUAGAUGAGGUCAGGAAUGCGGUGAAGACAUCGAGUACAUACCUGAUACAUGUCAAUAUGCACAAGACCAAUCAGGCCUUCGGGCCCGCUCAAAUUGCACUGUCCACAGAGGAGUACAAGUGGUUUGAGCGCUUCCUGGGGAUGAAGGACAAAUUGGUGGGUGGGACUGCCGCAAAAUACAUUUUCUUCACGUCGACCCCAAAUCCGUGCAAGAAUUUGAACAAUUAUUUCCAGGCAGCUUGGGCGGAGAUGGGGCUUCCAAGAAGCCCCACGUUCACUGACCUCCGGUCGGCCAUCGCCACCCACGCAAGGAACAACGGGAGUGUCGAGGACAGGACGAAAAUGUCGCGGUUCAUGUGCCAUGACACACGAACGGCUGAUAAAUUUUAUGCCUGCAACCUCUCGUCUAAGGAGGCAUGGGAACACAGGCAGCUGUUCGAAAAGGUGCUGGAGUGGCCUGACGUGCCGGAUGACCGAGACCCUGGAUGCGAGCUCGGCAACAGGCCUUUCAAAAGAAAGCGGAGCUAAAAAGAUACGUCUCCGCUGAUGUCACAAACCACCAGCGAGGACGAAGCCGAGCCAGUGUACCAGGAGUCGGGCGUGUCCUCAGUGGAGUCGGAUGAGAACUCGUCCGAAUCCGGGCCAUCAGAAAUCCUGCCCAUGAGGCAGGCCGCCAUUGUCUUGACGCCACUCAAGGUGAGGUGGUCCCCUGCGGAGUCUCCGGUUCGCAGAAAUCGCGACGAACGCCCCUCCAGUGCCUGAUCCAGUGCCUGACCUACCACCCUGCUGCAUUGUUCAUCGUUCCUCGCCUGCCCCUUUUUGCCCUGCCCCCACCAUUCAUUGUUCCUCGGCUACACCACCCCCCCACCUGUUCCGUUCCUGUUCUUCGUUGUUUAUGUUCCUGACCCUCCCUGUUCCUGCCGCACCUCACAAACACCCUUUUUUAUCCUGCUUACUGUUUUUUUGCAUUCUUACGUGUUCUGUAAUUAGUUCAGUUCCACAAAUAGUUCAAUUGUAUGUUUACCUUAUUUUGAUGAU